UCUCUCCUGUCCUUGUCCAUCCCUUUGCUUUUGAGGUCUCGCUCUUCGCCAAUCUCUCUCUCUCUCUCUCCAUUUGGUGCUGUUUUUCAAUCCUCCCUUUCACCAGGCGAAAGCCGCUCUAGAAGGAAUGAACUCCUAGGCAGAAGAAAAUAUACACGCUUACGUUGAGAAUAUAUAUGCACAGCGCCUGCCGGAAAUGCUGCUCAAGUUGGCUGAUGUCCGGCGUGCCUAGGAAACAGAAACCGACGAAAAGGGCACCAAAAUGCCACAGCCAGAAAAGGAGGAAGUGGUAGAGAGGCAGACGGAGACCAAAGAAGUGGUGGUUUUAGUCCCGCCGGUGGCUGCUGCCGGCCGCCGUCGAAUCACACCCACCACCGUCGCCGACGCGGCAGAGAAACUGCUGCCGAACGGCGAUCUGUACAUCGGCAGCUUCUCGGGAAACGCACCGCACGGGUCGGGUAAGUAUCUGUGGGCCGACGGCUGCAUGUACGAAGGAGAGUGGAAGAGAGGCAAAGCCUCCGGAAAAGGCAAGUUCUCGUGGCCGUCCGGCGCGACUUACGAGGGGGAAUUCAAGUCGGGGCGGAUGGACGGGUUCGGGACCUUCACGGGUCCCGCCGGAGACACCUACCGAGGGUCGUGGUCAAGCGACCGGAAGCACGGGCAUGGCGAGAAGCGCUACGCUAACGGCGACUGCUACGAGGGCUCGUGGCGGCGCAAUCUCCAGGACGGCCACGGACGGUACGUUUGGAAGAACGGCAACGAGUAUAUCGGAGAAUGGCGCAACAACGUGAUCAACGGCAAGGGAGCGUUGAUUUGGGCGAACGGAAACCGGUACGACGGCGUUUGGGAGAACGGCGUCCCGAAAGGCAAUGGCGUCUUCACUUGGCCCGAUGGAAGUCGUUAUGUCGGUCCGUGGAACAAAGAGAAUAUGCACAGGCAGGAUCUCGCGUUCAAUCAUAAGACGUGCGUGCCGCUGAUGGUGGAUGAGAAUUACGUGGUGACGAAGAAGCGGUCGUCUGUCGACGCGGCUAGGGUUUUCCCGAGGAUUUGCAUAUGGGAGUCGGAUGGCGAAGCGGGAGACAUUACUUGCGAUAUUGUUGAUAAUGUGGAGGCCUCGAUGUUCUACAGGAAUAGUACGGGGUUGGAUGGCGAUGGGAUUAGGCAGUUUCGCAGGAACCCGUGUUUUUUCAAUGGCGAGGUAAAAAAACCGGGGCAGAUGAUAUCGAAAGGGCACAAGAAUUACGAUUUGAUGUUGAAUCUCCAACUCGGUAUCAGGUAUACCGUUGGGAAGCAUGCAUCGAUCUGCCGGUUGCUUAGGCCUAGUGAUUUUGAUCCGAAGGAAAAAUUCUGGACUAGGUUUCCGCCAGAGGGAUCAAAGGUUACGCCUCCACACCAAUCUGUGGAGUUCAGGUGGAAAGAUUAUUGCCCUGUCGUGUUCAGACAUUUGAGGGAAUUGUUUCAAGUUGAUCCUGCCGAUUACAUGCUUGCUAUUUGUGGAAACGACACUCUUAGGGAGCUUUCUUCUCCGGGGAAGAGUGGAAGCUUCUUUUAUUUGACUCAGGAUGACAGGUUUAUGAUAAAAACAGUGAAGAAAUCAGAAGUCAAGGUGCUUAUUAAGAUGCUACCAAGUUACUACCAACAUGUUUGCCAGCAUGAAAGUUCCCUGCUGACGAAAUUCUUUGGUGUCCAUUGUGUCAAACCAGUGGGUGGCUUGAAGACCCGGUUCAUCGUCAUGGGCAACCUGUUUUGCUCAGAGUAUCGAAUCCAUAGACGAUUUGACCUGAAAGGGUCGUCCCAUGGCCGCUCAACAGAUAAGCCUGAAGGAGAGAUUGAUGAAACGACUACCCUUAAGGACCUUGAUCUCAACUUUGUGUUUCGACUCCAACCAAAAUGGUUUCAAGAACUUGUCAAACAAAUUAAUCGAGACUGUGAAUUCUUGGAAGCUGAGAAAAUCAUGGAUUACAGCCUUUUAAUUGGAGUUCACUUUCGUGAAGAAAAUACUGGUGACAGAAUGGGUUUGUCGCCAUUCAUAUUACGUACUGGCAAGAAGGAUUCGUUUCAAAAUGAGAAGUAUAUGCGAGAUUGCCGUUUCCUUGAAGCAGAGCUACAAGACAUGGAUCGGAUUCUGGCUGGCCGGAAACCAUUGAUCAGGUUGGGGUCAAACAUGCCUGCAAGGGCAGAGAAAGUGGCUCGAAGGAGUGACUUUGAUCAGUACAUGCCUGGUGGAUUCAGCAGUUUGAUCCCUUCAUGCGGUGGUGAAGUCUAUGAAGUUGUCCUCUACUUUGGGAUUAUCGACAUUUUGCAAGACUAUGACAUUAGCAAGAAGCUGGAGCAUGCAUACAAAUCCUUACAAGCUGAUCCUUCCUCAAUCUCAGCUGUUGACCCGAAGCUGUACUCAAAGAGGUUUCGAGAUUUCAUCGGCAGAAUCUUCCUAGAAGACAGGUAGCAAUGAAGGCAAAAAAUGAAGAAUCAAAGACUGUUUGAUUCCAAGAUGCACCCUUAUUGGAUCUUGAUUCCUGCUAUUUUGGAGCAACACGGUUGGAUUUAUGAAGCUCCAGCUCAUGAAAGGAACAGUGACUCUGGUCCAUCUAGUUGGCAUUGUAAAUGCAUGGUGAAGGUACAGAUUGGCACAGCAUGGGUGAGUUUUGUAGAUCAGCCAUGGUGUCAAAGGAGUAAGGUUCCUUGUAUAUUGAAGGGGGAAGAGGAAUUUGGGUGACCAUUUCUUGUUUUUUUUUUUUUUUUCUCAAUUUUUGUGGGUAAUCAAUGAAUGUGAAGAUCUGAAGGAUGGUGCAGUAGAAAGCAGAUGUUUGCCUGAGAGAAGAUUCAAAUUGGGAGGAGGCUUGGAAUAAGUAAAAGUGUACAGCUUAUAGAGAAAAGAACAGAUAGGGCUAUGGAAUUAUGUAUUUUUUGGGGCUUAUUGUGAUAUUUCUUUUGGAAAGUGUGGGCCAUUAUGAGCUCUCGAUUCUCUCAAUUCUCCCUUUCUCUCUCUCUCAUCUGAUGCAUACAUUGUGGGGUCAGUUUCAUGCUAUCUCUACUGAAAUAGAGAGGUGGAAUUCAUUGCUUUUCUUUUGGUUGCAGCGAAAGAAGGGCACUGGGGCAGGAGUUAAGCACAUGAAAAGGAGAGAAAGCACAAGAAAAAGAUGCUCUGGUUUUCUUCUCUUCUUUGCUCAGCUUGUUUACUGACCCUCCCCUUCCCUUUUUGCUGUAGAUGGCUCAAUAAUUAAUCAAUUUGUUUACCCUUCUCUCCUUUGAACGAAACUAAGUAAGCAGCCCUGAAAAGUUAACGUCCAUUACUACCCAUAUGCACCAAAACUUGAUCUGGAAAUUGCCAAAAGAUGGCACUGUUAUUUUAAAGGAGGGCAAUGAUGACAUUUCAGUGGGCUCACAGAGGCUUUUACUGCAGGGGUCAAAGUCGUGGGAGGACCAUGGCAGCAUGGGUGGGGUCUGAGCCAGCCUCUUUUGUUCUCUUACACUGGUGACAGUGGGUUUCUCUUUUUGACCUUUUGUUCUCUUACUUGGGACCUUCUUGUGUCUGCUUGCUCAAGCCCAAAGCACUGGUCUUUGUCUUCCCUGCUGGUAACGUUUUCCCACACAUUUUGUGUUUCAGAUGUGCAUUUGGGGCCCUGCCCAUAUCCCUCUUUGUUAUGA